UGACCAGUACCAGCUCAGAAAGUUCUCCGACCCCGAGUUUCUCUCCAUUCCUCUUUCUCUCUGUUUCUUCUUUCUUUCUUUCGGCUAUGUUCAUCUCUUUCUCCAAUUGAAACCUCAACACUCUUCCUCCAACCGUUUCUUCUGGUCACUUCCUAUUUCCAUUUCCUCUUAGGGUUCACUUCACAACAACAUCACCACCUUCUUCUUCUUCAUUCUCCCAAAACUCUCAGAUCUGCUCCCUGUUUUCUCCAUUUCGCAUUCAAUUUGCUACGGAAAAUCGCAGUUAACAAACACAUGAUCUAGUGUUUUUCUUUCUCUGCAAAUUCAUGUUCGCAUCGUGAUUUUGGACUUCAAUUUGACUAGCUCUGCAGUGCAGAGCUGCUGGUGGUGGAGAUGGCGAGUCGGAAGGAGGACGAGAAAAACGAGCGCGUCAUUCGAGGUCUGCUCAAGCUUGAAUCGAAUCGGAGGUGCAUUAACUGCAACAGCCUGGGACCACAAUAUGUGUGCACGAAUUUCUGGACGUUUGUUUGCACUAACUGCAGUGGAAUACACCGGGAAUUUACUCAUCGAGUGAAAUCAAUUUCAAUGGCUAAAUUUACUUCGCAAGAAGUUAUUGCACUUCAAGAAGGAGGAAAUCAGCGUGCGAAAGAAAUUUAUUUCAAAGAAUGGGAUGCACAGCAUCAAUCUUCCCCCGAUAGCAAUAACGUUAAUAGGCUUCGGGACUUUAUUAAGCAUGUUUAUGUGGAUAGAAGAUACACUGGAGAUAAGACUUCUGACAAACCACCAAAAGUAAAGGCGGGCGACAAAGAUGAUUCCUAUAAAAACAGAAGAGCUGAGGCAUACCAGGGAGGAUCUAGAAGCCCUCCAUAUGAAGACACAUAUGAACGUCGUUAUAGUGACAGAUCUAGUCCAGGUGGAAGGAGUCCGGGAUAUGAUCAAGAAAGCAGGCAAUAUGGUGAUUAUAAAAGAAGUCCUGGUCGUCCUCCAAUUAUCAAUGAUUGGCGUCGUGAAGAUCGUAGAACAUCGGAUGGAGACUAUAAGGUGGAAAGUCAAUCUCCUGAACGAGUCAAAGAUCUGAAUUCUUCAAGCCCACCUGUGGUCCGACCUGUUCGAGAUAUCUUGGGAGACAAUGUAGUACCUCUUCGAAUAAGUGAACCCCCCAAACCAAACAGUGGAAGGGCUGCUGACGGCUCAUCACUAACACAGAGAACUGCAUCUUCUGGAAGCUUGGCAUCCAGCAUCCAAAACACAGUGGAGGUUAAGCUUGAGACUGCUAAGAGCCUUAUCGAUUUUGAUGCAGAUCCUGAACCUAUUGCCCCAGCAAUUCCUCAAGCUCAACAAAUUACUUUGCCUCAACCUGUAAUGCAGCCGGCAAAUUCCAGUGGUGACAAUUGGGCCUCUUUUGAUAUUGCUUCUGAGGCAAAGGCAACUCCAAGCCCCUCAAAUUUAAAUCCGCUCGAAUCUGUGCUGUCUCAAUUGUCUGUGCCAGCAUCUUCACCUGCUCAUUCUUCUGGAGUACAAGGACCUAUUCCAGCAUUAGCUCUUUCUUCUGCUUCUGGGGCCGCAAGUGUUAGCGGUUUCUCAGUUUUCCAACCUAGUGGUGCUUCAGUUCCAUCUUCUGGAUUGGCAACAGCAUCGCCUCUUAAUAAUGUAGGACAGUGGGCCAAUUUGCAGCAUAAGCAACCAUUGUUCCCUGCAGCUGCUAGUCAGCCUACUACCCAACAAUUUGCGCGCCCAGUAGGUGGUGCUGUGAACAAUCAGCCGUGGAGUGUACCUUCUGUACCCACAGUACAAGGGCAUCCAAGUACACAAAUGCCAGAUGCAUACCAUCAUGCGUCAAAUCCUGGCAAUGAGGCUAUAAACAAUAUUGUUUCCCAACCUUCUACCGUAGAAAUAAAGCCAAGUGGAAGAAUAGAACUUCCUGAGGAUCUGUUCACUUUCAAAUAUCCAUCCUAUCCUGCUCCAGUUCGUGGUUGGCAAAUGGGUCAUCCCCAUGGCAUGGGUAUCUCAAUGCAAUAUAGUAAUGUUGUGCCUGUGCCAAGUUUUCCGCAACCAUCAAAGUCAACGAAUCCAUUUGAUGUCAGCAGCAAACCAACCCCAGAUCAAGCCCCAACUUUCCCGUCCAUGUCAUCCUUGCAAGGUGCGCUGCCAAAUGUACCAUCUUCAGGUGCAAAUCACCCUUCAAGCCUGGGCAAUGCACCAUAUGCCUGGACUCAACCCCCAUCAGCCCAAGGUGCCCUGUCAAGUACACCACCUUCAGGCACAAUGCACCCUUUGGGCCUGGGCAACCAAUCACAUGCCUGGACUCCACCCAUGCCAUCCUUGCAAGGUGCCCUGCCUCGUGGACCACCUUCAGGCACAUUGCACCCUUCAAGCCUGGGCAACGCAUCACAUGCCUGGACUCCUCCCCCUUCAUCAUCAUAUGUACCAGUCCUGCCUGCACAAGCACAAGCUCAUGCAUCAGCAUUUGGACCAAGCGCAUACAUGGGACAACAAUUGCCAACUAACAUGCCCAUGCCAAGGCAAGAUGUUGGGAGUUACGGCAUUGAGGGAGACUUUUUCGGCUUGGCAAAUCCAAAUCAGCAGCCGGCUGGUAGGUUUCCAAUCACUUCCCCCCCUAACACCUUCCCUGCUGGAGGGAACCCAUUCGGAUAAUGUGAAGCUUUGCGGCUGGACAUUUAAAGUCAAGCAUCAACUUGUUGCUUCCUGUACAAAUAUGUGUAAGUUUCUGUUUCUAUUGUUUGUCGGGCAAAGUUAUACGCUUGCGCAUGAGAAGAGAUUUGUGGUAACCCCUGGGUCGAAGUCAAAUAUUUGCAAUUGGCCGUGUAAAUUGUUUAUUUAUAUAGGAAAGAGGAAGACGAAAUCUGGUUUCGUGGAAGAGGGGCAUUAGCGUACUGAGAUGAAGAGCAAAUGAAUGAAGGGGGGGACCAGAGAACCCUUCGAAAUUUCUUCUUCUUCUGGGUGCACCCAUGCUGCUCAUAUUGUGCCCCUUAGCCGUGCUCUUUUUUUUUCGUUUUACUAUAAUGUAUGAUCUUGUGAUCUUAAAAUUUUGGCAUUGUAUUUUUUCUUUGUGGAAAGUACAUGAAAUCAACUUACGGCUGCUAUAUGGGCUGGCCAAAGCAGUUCUAUGCCACUCUGUUUACUGAAAAUACAUGUGAUAGUGGUUGAUUUUUUUUGGCUUAA